AUGACUUCCUUGAAAGUUCUCAUUUGCGGUGGCGGCUGUGCUGGACCAGCUUUGGCCUAUUGGUUAUCACUAUCUGGUCAUCAGGUUGUUGUUGUCGAGCGUUUCCCAGCUAUCAGGGCUACCGGUGCCCAAAUUGAUAUUCGCGCGCAAGGAAUCGAAGUUAUCAAGCAAAUGGGCUUGCUUGAUACAAUUCGUACGAAGCUCGUUCACGAGCCUAGUGUUUCUCUAGUUGACUCUGCAGGCAAGGCAAAUGCAACCAUCAUGGCGAAUACUUCCGGCAAGGGUGCGCAGUCUUUGACAUCUGAGUACGAGAUUAUGCGCGGGGAUUUGGUGCGCAUUCUUUACGACGCUACAAAAGGCAAAGUGAAUUACAUCUUUGGCAGAACGGUUGACUGCUUCGAGCAGGAUGAACAACAAGUUGUUGCCUAUUUCUCGGAUGGUUCUUCUAAUUCAUUUGAUCUGCUGCUAGCAUAUUCUUUUAUUCAACGUACAGAGGACGACAGUAACUUCCACGAGAUGUUCCUGAGCCCUGGUGGUCGACUAGUUGCGCGCAGAAGUCACAGUCCGUCAGAUACCCAAGUCUACUUUAUCCUCAAAGACAAUUCCGAGAAUUUCAUGAGUCUCUCCAAAGUUACCAUCGAACAGCAAAGAGAGUUUUGGGCUAGCCGAUUUGCCGAUGCUGGAUGGCAAACUCCUCGUUUUCUGCAGGGUAUAGAAGCCACUAAUAACUUUUAUUGUCAGGAAGCAGUGCAAGUCUGCAUUGACUCGUGGCAUAAAGGACGUGUCGUUCUCCUUAGUGAUGCUGCGUACUGUUCAUCCCCAUUUAGCGCUAUGGGGACUACCGGAAGUUUUGUAGGUGCUUAUGUUUUGGCAGGGGAGAUCAACCGCCACAGGGGUGAUCUAGCCCAGGCUCUGAUUAACUAUGAGCAAAGAUUGAGACCAUUCGUGAACGAAAUGCAAAAGAUACAUCCUAGCUUCAUACGCCUCAUGUUGCCUGACACCCAAUUGGGAAUUUCCGUUAUCCACUUUGUCUUAGGAUUAAUUUGUUUUCUUCGCAUUCCGGGAUUUCUAUCAAGGUUCACCACUGAAGACCAAGGUGGUUGGAAGUUGCCAGACUACCCUAAGAUCUACCAGACAAUUCAGUGA